AUGAAGACCUCAAUCCUUACCUCGACCCUCGCUUUGGUCGCCUCUGUGAUCGCUGUUGAUGUCACUGAAUACCUUUAUGUUACCGUUGACGGUAAUGGUAACACCAUUGGUGCUGUCAGCUCCACCUUCACUCCAAGCACUUUGCUGACUGUGACGCGUAACAGCUCCGCCAACGGUACUGCUUCGUCUUUCUCCAAGGCCUCUACUUCUUCUGUACAAUCGGUGGUGUUGAUCACUUCAUCCACUAACUACAACGUUCCAACUCCAUCCUCCUCCAGCGCAGUUGAGUCUACCUCCUCUGCUGCCCCAACCACUUUGGCUCCAUCCACAGUUGCUGAGCCAACUACUACCUCUUCUUCCUCUACUUCUGCUGCUGCCGCUACUUCAGCUAGCUCCAACCAAGGCUCUUCUCUGGGUGGUGAUGGCAGCUUCCAACUGGCUAUGUUGAACGCCCACAACUCCAAGAGAGCUUCGCACAAUGCUCUGCCUUUGACUUGGGACUCUCAAUUGGCUGCCUACGCCCAAGACUACGCUAACAAGUUUCAAUGUGGUGGAAGCUUGGUCCACAGCGGUGGUCCAUACGGUGAGAAUUUGGCUAUGGGAUACUCCGAUGCUGCUUCUGCCGUGGAGGCCUGGUACUCUGAGGGCGCCAACUACGACUACAGCUCCUGCUCUGUUUUCGAUCACUUCACUCAAGUGAUCUGGAAGUCUACCACCAAGCUUGGAUGUGCUUACAAGGACUGCGAUAUGAAGUACAUUAUCUGUUCCUACGAUCCUGCCGGUAACUUCGUAGGCCAAGGCCCACAAAACUUGUCUGCUUAA